GGGGGUUUUUUUGGCUCACCAAAAAUAUUGUCGUCGCAUUUAUAAAGAAUAUCAAUGGAACAGCAGCGAAGUGGUGCGCAAAAAACGCAUUCUGUGUAAACGCACCUUAGGGCUGGAAUUCACCAUAUGACUUUUAAAAUCAGAACAGAUUUUAAAACACAAUGGCAUCAUACACUAAACGACUUCAUCUUCACACAUUACCUGACUUUUUAAGUAAUUCUGAAAACAACAUCAAAUCACGCAGAAACGCGCGCCUCAUUGUCAACUGCUGCGUCCAAAAUCGCAUAAUGGGUGCUAUAUUUGGUUUCCUUCUCAAACGGAAGGCUGCGUCCUAGUAAGGCUGCAUAUUUUGGCUUGGCUGCCACAUCACCAAAUGCCAGUAUGCCACCGAAGGCUGUCUCAAUUUAAAGGAUCCUUGGAAGGCAGUCCUUCAUUCAGUUCAUCAAGUGUAUCCUUCGUGUGCUUCAAUCACCCACAAUCGUACACAUUCCAGUUCAAGAAAAAAACAAUGACGGAAAACGAGUCGGCACUGACUGAAUUCAUUAUGAAAUGUAAGACAAAAAUAAUGUUUUCGGAAAUAAAGGCAUAGAUGUUAUCUUUUGUUUUGGUGUAAAUUAAUCAAUUAACACUAAACUGACAAUAAUGUGCUCCACUGGGAGACCACAGACGGUUGUCAUUCACUGUAUUGCAUUAACAGAAAGCAACUAAAUAGAACAAUUUUAAUAAAAUUAUGUUUCCAAAAUUAAGUUUUAAUAGUAUUUUCCUGCCGUGACCGUGGGGGCAGGAUGUGUGAUGUAGCCUGCGGACCUAAUAGACCGUCUCAGCGUUCAGUGCUGAGGAGGACUGGUCAACGAAGGACCCAGCCCUCCAUUUGAGAAGAACCGUUAAAAAGUAUGUUGUAUGAAUGAAAUUUCUAUAUAGAUCAGUGGAUGUACUACAUCCGCCAUAUUGUCAUGUGACCUACGGCAUCAGUUGCGUUGCUUUACUUCCAUUCAGAAAUCCUCUCCUGUGUCCUAAUGGGAUAGUAAAUUGUCCAUCGAAUGCGCACUUCAGAAUCUCGCCAGAAGUAGCCUAGUAGGCCAUUCGGGUACUUUUUGCCUACUGUUUUAUAAAUACUGUGAAUUCGACAUAGGCCUACUACUCAGCUCACAUACUGUUUUUCACGUACUUUAUAGGGAUAUUCGCCACAGCAUAUGGUUUUUAAAUUGGCUUAAAAUAUCAAACAUGUCUGAUAUCCUCUGACUGGAAGGAAUCAUGUGAAGCAAAAAAAAAAAAACCAAAAAAAAAAAAAGAGAAGUAUGUGCCCAUCAUACACUACGUGAUUUUCUGUAAAGUCUGUCAACUCCGACUGCCCAAAACCUGCAGACUGGCUCGGACUAUUGUCAACUAGCGUUGACUCGUCUAGACUGCAAAUUGGACAAAAAAAUCUUGCAAAAGUUGUGUAAUGUAUUCCAGCCUUUAGCAAACUCUGUCAAAACUGUAAUAAAACUUUUGAGGCUACUGAAACAUGUAAUGCAUUACAAUAUUGCGUUACUCCCUAUUCACGACUUCACAUUUACAUAUAAUUAAGUACAGUAAGAGUUAUGCAUAUUUGGCGUGCUGUCCGGGGGGAGGGCUCCGAGCUCGGAAAUUUUGGCCCGAACCCAGAGUACUCCCCCGUUGAGAUAGAAGUAGAUAGAACUGAAGUGAGGAGAAGGGGUGGAGGAGGGAUGCUGAUGAACUGUCAGACAAACAGAGGUAAGUCUGCUGUAUUUAUACCUCUUGUCAUGGUUGCAUUGAUUAACUGAAUGCUCUCCACCUGAGCUAGUUAGGUUAAUUAUCUGCACCUGUCCUCCCGAACCUUGUUAAUAAAACAUCAUUAAAUGUAACUAAUUGUGUUAGUUACUUUUUAUGGAAAGUAAUGCGUUACGUUAUUUUUGCGUUACUUUUCUCAUCUGGGCUGUUUGUUUGUUUUUAUAACAACAGAAAAGUUCUAUUUUUGGCAAAUGUAAAGGCCAUUUCACACCAAAAGUGAAAUGAAUAAGCCUCAGGCUGAAGGAAAAUGCAAAUUCAUGCCUGUACAGUAGAGGGUGCAGCUCAAACAAACCUUUCAGCUGUGCUGCCAUUCUAGAAUACAGAGAAUAGGAGGGGAUGUGAUUUUGGCCUUCUGUCUUUCUAUGGUUGUUGGUCUUCUGCUGGGAGCUCUGGUCUAUAUGAUCUUGACCUGGAUGUCUCGUCGACGGGCAUCAGCCACCAUCACGCGUGUACCUGUCCACCAGUCCCGCUCCACCACCCGUUCGUCCUCACCACGGUCUCGGCCAGGCUACAGUCGGCACAGCAGUGGCUUUGACCGACGCAGCAAUAACAGUCUGGCCAGUGCUGCCUUCUCCUUCCAUCGGCAAACCUCCUCCUCACCGAUAGACUAUGGUGACUCACCAGGCCGCAAAUCGAGCUUCCGGGCCUCUACCUUUCAUCCUCUUCUCCAGUGUAGCCAGAUUGCUCGCGAGGCAGAGGAGGGUGCCCAGGGUAGCCUGCCACGGACCCCCACUCUUACUACCAGCCCUGGGGCAGCUGGAUCAACCUGCACUGUCAGUUCCAUGGUCACUCCACCUCGGGCUAGAAACCGACCGGAUUCCUUUUGGGGCAACAGCAAUCUAAGGGGCUUCCAUGCUGGCCAGACUCCACCACCUGCCUAUGAGAGCAUCAUACGAGCCUAUCAGGAGACGACCACGUGAAGAAAGGGGACAUGCUACAGUUAUGGAGGAGGAUACAUGUAUUAAUAGACUUGGACUGGAAAAUUGGACAAUGGAAAGCAAUAUGGAUAUCCUACUACUUAAACUGACGUGGCCAGUUUUUUAAAAUUUGUAUGUGUUAAUUUGUGUAUAAGUGCAUAUUUCUGUUUGUUCAUAAGUGUGCAAAGUCAAUAAGAGUUAUCAGAGUGUUUGAAAGAGAGAGUGAGAUGAGUUUUUAGUUUCUACAGGUUAAUUCAAUAAAGUCAAAAGACUGUAAGGCCUAUAUGUUUGUGUAAUGCAAAGAGAGAAAGAUGAGCAAACGUGAUGAAGAGAGACAGAGAGAAAGCAAGAGAUAUUAAAGGUCGCAAUAAGCAUGAGGACAAAUCUCUGAGACCAUGAUCUCUUUUGCAAAUUCCUAGACAGACAGUUAUUGCAAACAGUAAUUUAAAAUAGUUUUGCACCAAACUCAUUAAAUUGUGUAUUUAUUGGUUUGUUUUCUGGGAACUCUAGUCUUUUGGAAUCGUAAGUAUUUCUCAACGCAACUGUACUCAUAAAAAUAAACAAGACACAGUGCAUUUUGCAAUA